UGCCAGACCCCAGCCAGCAUGGUUGUCCCGAAUCCGAUGACUCUGGGAAUUUAUCUCCAGCUCUUCUUCCGCUUCCUCAUAUCUCAACCCACUUUCAUUGCCAGCGUUCUCCCCAUCUCAGCAGGCUCGGUGCUAGGAGCCCUGGGGGGCGUGACCAAGCUCAGCCUGUCUCCAGCCUGUGUGUCCCAGCCAGUCCACCCUGGGCCUCACCCACAAUGAGGGGCCUGUCACUCCGCUUCUCUCAUCUGCUCACCAUUUCAGGACUCCUCUGUCACACAGCAUGCUGCCUGGCCCUUCCCAGCCUGGAUCAGAAGAAGCGUGGCGGCCACAGAGCCUGCUGCCUGCUGACACCCCCUCCACCACCACUGUUCCCACCACCAUUCUUCAGAGGAGGCAACAGUCUGCUUCUCUCUCCCGACAUGAAGAACCUCAUCCUGGAACUCGAGACCACGCAGUCCUCAUGCAUGCAAGGAUCACUCGGUUCCCCCGGGCCUCCUGGCCCCCAGGGUCCACCGGGGCUGCCUGGCAAGACAGGACCAAAGGGAGAAAAGGGGGAGCUUGGCCGGCCCGGAAGGAAGGGUAGACCUGGCCCCCCGGGUGUCCCUGGCAUGCCUGGGCCUAGUGGCAGACCUGGUCCCCAUGGACCCAGGGGUGAAAAAGGUGACCUGGGUGUGAUGGGCUUGCCAGGGUCAAGAGGACCAAUGGGCUCCAAGGGACAGCCUGGAUCCAGAGGGGAAAAGGGCGCCCGAGGUGAAAGGGGGAACUUAGGUCCCAAAGGAGACAAGGGCUUCCCCGGAGUUCCUGGUAUGUUGGGGCAGAAAGGUGAAAUGGGCCCAAAGGGCGAGCCUGGCAUAGCAGGCCACCGGGGACCCAUAGGAAGACCAGGAAAACGAGGAAAGCAGGGACAGAAAGGAGACAGUGGAAUCAUGGGCCCACCAGGCAAGCCUGGGCCUUCUGGUCAACCUGGCAGACCAGGUCCUCCAGGGCCCCCAGGCCCUCUGUCUGCAGGACAGCUUGUCAUGGGACCUAAAGGGGAAAGAGGAUUUCCUGGGCCCCCAGGAAGAUGUCUCUGCGGAAACCCCACGAAUGUGAAUAGCCCCUCCUAUGGAGACUCCAUAUAUGGGCCCAGCUCCCCACGAGUUCCUGCGAUUUUUGUGGUCAACAACCAGGAGGAGCUGGAGAGGCUGAACACCCAAAACGCCAUUGCCUUCCGCAGAGACCAGAGAUCUCUGUACUUCAAGGACAGCCUUGGCUGGCUUCCCAUCCAGCUGACCCCUUUCUACCCUGUGGACUACACCACAGACCACCGUGGCACCUGUGGGGAUGGGGUCCUGCAGCCUGGGGAGGAGUGUGACGACGGGAACGGCGAUGCUGGUGACGACUGCAUCAGCUGUCACCGCGCCUACUGUGGAGACGGCCACCGGCACAGGGGUGUGGAGGACUGUGACGGCUCAGACUUCGGUUACCUCACGUGUGAGACCUAUCUGCCCGGGUCCUACGGAGACCUGCAGUGCAGCCCCUACUGCUCCAUCGACUCCACACCCUGCCGCUACUUCACGUGAGGGGCUCCAGGGGCAGGUGGGCGGGCGGCAGCUUCUCCACCCUCGGCCAGCUGACCUCGCACCAGCCUGGUCCUGUCUCCACCAACUUCAUGUGACGAGAACAAGGACCAGCUCUUGCUGCUAAGACGCGCUUUUAACUCAGUCCGACUAGAAGGAUUCAGCGCCACUGUACCCUGUCUUAAUCCAAAGUACUGGAGAACCUUCCACAUGCCCAGCUGGGGAAAGGGACCCUUGUUGCUACUGCCUGGCCAGUAGCCCACCCGCAGCGUCCUUCCCUGGUGGGCUGUGGACUUGGCUUAGCACUGUGAGACCCGCAGUGCUGAGUGAAGUGUCUCCAAUCACCUUUAGGGUGUCUGGUACACAGGCCCAUGUGUUCUCGAACCUCUGGAAACUCAGGGCAUUCUCACCCCAGGCAGCCAGCCACUGCAUCUCGAGACCCAUGAACCACAAAGACCACAGGGGGCCUUGCUCUCCAUCAGGCAACCAGCUGUCUCUCUGGCUGAGGGGCACCUCAGCACACAGCCCAGCUCAGCCUCACGUGGAGGUGGCUGGCCCAACAAGAGCCCUAACUGUGAAAAUGUCCGCAGGAGUUCCCACACCAAGCUCUGCCCUGGGGAGAAACAAAAGGGGGGUGGUGGUGGUGUUGGUCAGCGGGGUGCUCACUAAGCAGCAGCAGGGCAGAGGCCUCCUGCUUCUCUACGGUCUCCAGAGUGGUCGCAGCAUCCUAGGCGCCAUCUUGACCUUGUGACUCUGCACUUGGACUUGGGAAAGUGCCUCAGGUUCACUUCCGGUGCAGGUCUGCCGGCAGUGAGCCCGGGCGAGCACACACCUGGCCAGGCUUGGAGUGUUUCCCUCCGCCUUUAGGGGAACCCUGCCUCAGGCUUGUUCUCAGAGUGUGGCUGAGAACACAUUCUGGGCACUCCAGCUCCUUCUCCACCUGCUGACCCCAGUGAGCUUCCUGUGGCCUCCCUUCUGUGUUGCUGCAUUGUACAGUCCUCAGUCUUUGAACCUGGGACCCCACAUUCCCACAGGACUACGGCUUGGCUUUGGGUCAUCUCUCCCCACAGCUGGACCUUAAAGGGAAUUGACUUGUGUGCCACCAGAGAGGAGGACACGCCUGGGCUUCUGUACAGUUGAAUGUGCCUGACUCUUGGGGACUCUGCAGGAAGAAGCUUCUGGUCGGGGGGGGGGGGGGGGGCCAGGAUCCACCCAAGGGCAAAGUCAACUCUUUAGAGGCGGACACGUUGGUCGGCCUGGCUCCUUGCAAGUCCUGGGGUGGGGUGGUUUCGUGUAAAGCCACCACUUACUUCACACUGGCAUCUCCAGCCGACAUGCUGAGA